CAGGGGUUCCUGGUGCUUUGGGAUGCUCGGACCUGUUUGCUUGACUUCUCUUCAGCUGUUCAAGGCUCAGCUUUGGGUUCCCCAUCUCUUCCCAGUUCCUUGCCCAAGAGGAUCAGGAUCCAGGAGGAGUCAAAGAAGAGUGUCUCUCCUGUGCAGACAGAGAUACUGGCAUCACCAUGGAGGGGAUUGUGACCAUGUAUCAGGACUUCAUGAAGAAAGCAGACCCCCGCAUUGCUGAUUAUCCGCUGAUGCAGUCCCCGUUCCUUGUGAUGGGCAUCCUUCUGGCAUAUGUCUACUUUGUACUAUCCUUGGGUCCCCGGCUAAUGGCCAACAGGAAGCCUUUAAACCUGAAGAAGUUCAUGGUGCUAUACAACUUCUUUCUGGUGGGACUCUCACUUUACAUAGUCUAUGAGUUCCUGAUGGCAGGGUGGCUUACUGGGUACACCUGGCGAUGCGACCCUGUGGACUUCUCACAGGACCCCAAGGCCCUCAGGAUGGUCAGUGUUGCUUGGCUCUUUGUCUUCUCCAAGUUCAUUGAACUGACAGACACGGUGAUCUUUGUCCUGCGAAAGAAGAAUGAACAGGUCACAUUCCUGCACCUCUUCCACCACUCUGUUCUGCCUUGGAGCUGGUGGUGGGGAGCAAAGUUUGGUCCAGGGGGAAUGGGCUCAUUCCAUGCCAUGAUCAAUUCCAUGGUGCAUGUUGUCAUGUACUUCUACUACGGGCUCUCAGCAGCAGGACCUGCCUUUCAGAAGUACCUAUGGUGGAAAAAGCACAUCACUGCCAUCCAGCUGGCACAGUUCGUGAUUGUCUCCAUCCACAUCUCCCAGUAUUACUUCAUGCCCAGCUGCCAGUACCAGUUCCCCAUCUUCAUCCACCUCAUCUGGAUUUAUGGGACCAUCUUCUUCAUCCUCUUCUCCAACUUCUGGUACCAGUCCUACACCAAGGGCAAACGGUUGCCCAGAGUGGCUCAGCAAGCAGCCCAGCACAAUGGUAGCAGCAUCCAUGAGAAUGGCACUGUCACCAAUGGCAAGGUCAAAGCCAACUAGAGGGCAAGGCCCUCCCAGAGCCAAUGAGAGCCCCGGGGCAGAGGCAGCUGGGACCUGUUCCCCUGCUCCUGGGUGCCACUAGCCAAGUCAAGUGCCUACAGACUGUUGUACCCCUGUGCCCAGCCCUGCGGUUCUCUGUCUGCAUGCCCAGCCCCUCUGCUCUGAGCAGCCAUGGGCAACUUCUCCCCCUCCUGGGAGGGCUUGUGCUGUUUCUCAGUGUUGCUGAGCAGAGAGGCAGCUGCCUGCAUCACAGCUGUGGGGCUGCAGUCCCAUUCCAGUGUUUCCAAAGGAACUUCCCCCAAGUGCCUACAUCUGGCCCUUCUGCCUGGGGGCCAUUUCCUUCUGAGUAGGACCAAAAGAAGAGACCAGUCCCUGUCCUGGUGCCCUCUCCUUGUCCCUGUCUCAUCAGAGCCUGUGUGGAUGAGCAGACUUGUCCCUGGUUGCUUGCUGCUGCCAGCUCAAGUGUGAGUGUUCCUGCUCUACCAUGCCUUGUGCCACCUUGUUCCAUGCCACAAUGCUGCAUGUCCCUUCAGGUCCCUGUGUGCCCAGGUGGGGGUCCUGCCCUGGUGUAUCUGUGCUCAGGUGUGGCUGUGGAGAAUGUAGGGGCAGUGUGUAUGGGACUUGAGGGCCCAGACCUGCCCAGUACAGUAUACAUGCCCUGUGCCUUGUACAUAGCAGGGGUUGUGACAGCCUGAAAUGCCUCCCUCACACAAUAAACCCAGGUUGCCUUGCCUUUCUGUGCCUGGGCUGGGUGCUCAGUGUGUGCUUUAGCCACACUUACCUGAUCCUGUAUGGCAGCUGGUGGCUUGCUCCAGAGUGGGGGAGGCCAAGCUCAGCCUUGCCUUGGACCACUUCCAUUCCUGCAAACACAGGACUUGAGCAAUAAUUGCCCCUAGAAUCAGCUCCUGAGCAAUUCUGCUUGGGACUAGCCCUUCUCUGGCCCAGCAUGAGCACAGUGGAGGAUUGUUGUAGUGUGCCCUGCUGUGGUGUAAUAGUGAGCACCUCUUGCCUGGGUGAAGGUGUACUCUGCCCUAUAGCAGGGUGGUGCAGCAGCUCUCCUGGGCCUGGUGCCCAUCACCUGCUCUGGCUGUUACCAAAAUCAUGCUGGUGGCCUUGAGGAUGAGGUGAAGGAGCCAGGCCCUGUCAGAUUGGGCUGCUCUUCUAUCACGAAUAAACAGAAGGAGAAAUGGCUGUGCCCUUGUGGUUUUGUUUUUUUUUUUUCCUGGGUUGCUGUGCUCAGAAGCUGUUCCAGGUGUGUGGUCCUGCCCAGUGUGGCUGGAGGUAGGGCUGGGAGAAGCAGCAGGCAUAGCAGGUUUGUGUUUUGGGGGGAGAGAGUGAUAGCAGUGUGCUGAUGAAGCAGAUGGCAGAUUGUUUCCAAGAGCUUUGGUAGAGCAGUGCUCAGGGCAGGAAAUGUGUCAAGGCUCCUCUUGUGAAAGUGGUUCCACCCUGUGAAAGAAUGGCUGGGGUGGAGCGUGGGUGUGGGCUGGGACCUGGGCCAGCUGCCCAGGGGGAGCUGCUGCUUUUCAGAAAUCCUGGGGAGCUGAGGUGUGGCAGAGCAGGGAAUAGAGACCCUGGAAACCCAGGUGAUGGGGAAAGAGCAGGCUCUUGCUUUCUGCAUCUACUGAAGCCAAAGCUGCUGCCAUCUGUGAAUGCCCCUGCAGUGUGGAUCUAUGCAGAACAUGAAUGAGGCUGGUCAGAGGGAGGUUUGUGUUGCUGCUGCCUUGGUCCUGCCAGAGCAGGGCAUCUUCCUGGCUGGGCUCUGCCAUCUCUGCCUCUCUCUGCCACCUGAGCCAGUCUGGCUUCCCUCCAGCGCUGUUGCAGUGCAGUGCUGCUGUCCCCAUCGCCUUGUGACUGGGGCCCUCCUGAGCCUGGGACAUGGGGUGGGUAGGUGGCUGGGCUGCUUGGCGCUGGGAGGAGUGUGUUAGACCAGCAGGCCUCCAGAAGCCGAGUUUUGCUGUCAGUUUGGUUGGGGUGCAGGAGGGCUUUAGUGGGUGUCCAGCCAAAGCCCUAGAGCAGGGUUGGGUGUGAGGGAAAGCUCUGCUGCCCCUGAUUGAGCUGCUGUAUGCUUUGAGACCAUGCUCUGAAAUGUAGGAAAACCUCUUCAAGUGAGCUGAACUGGUGUGACCAAUGUACCUAACUGCAUGUGGACAUCACUGUGUUUUACAGGGCUCAGCCUUAAAAUGGGAUCUGGCUGCUGUACCAUGCAGUGUUCUCAGUCAUUCCCAAUUCUCUGUGGGCAAGGACUGGCAGGAGAACUUGUUCUAGUCCCUGCUGAAGUGGUGUGUAACAGUUCAGUGCUCAAAGUCACUGCUGUACGUGACAGUCCAGCUGAGAUGAAGGUUUUCCCAUCUAGCUUCCUUCUCCCAGCUGGCUCUUGGUAAAGACAGGACUGUCUUUGCUUUUGCCCAAAAUAGUAACAAUACUUUAAACUACUUACACUUGGCAUUUUAAAAUCCCUGUGUGUGCUCUGCUCUCCCUUCCUCCAAUUGUUCUUGUUAGCGGUGAUCUUUCCAUGGGCUGGUAAUUUAUAUGCUGUCAGGGUCAGUCUGGGCUGCUGCUCCAAACUGAAUUCGUACCUUAUAUGGCAGUGUUUCCUGGGCCUGCUGGGUCAGUGCCCAGCUCCUUCCUUUCCUCCUCCUCUCUCCAGGACAGUAGGGCCAGUAUGAGGCUGAAGGAAGACGGUGCAGUAUCAUCACCUUCCAGUAAUGCUCAGAGGACUUUCAAGGGGUGUGUAACACACUGCUUCUGGGGGUGGGUAUGUGCUAAGGAGAGAGGCAAGACAGGCUCUGUCUGAGAAAGAUAAACUGCCAUUACCUGGGAGUGAAGAAACUACACCAGCUUUCAGGCAUGUAAAGCCUUCCUUCCAGGGUCAGGACCUGCUGGAAGCCUUAAUCUGCUCUGGGGCCACUGAGCAAGUCUGUGCUACCUUCCCAGCACUAAGCAUCAGGGGUGUAGGGCAGGCCUCCUGCAACAGCAGCACAGCUCUGGGGAAGAACCAAACCUUGCAUGUGGGUUCCUGCCCCCUUCCCCAUUAGAUCCAGCUGCUGCCCUAGGAUUUGCUUCUGAAGAGGCAGGAGAGCUGCCUUGUCCUCCCCUGCUCUUCCCCAGGUGGCCAAAGGGGGAGUGCAUCAACAGCCCCCUGGGGAGGGUGCUGGACUCAGCUGUUGCAAGCUGGUUUUUGGGACUGUUCCCCCAUCUCACCAACAGGUGGGGGGCUGCUGUGGUGGGUGUGGGGUACAGCACUGCCCAUAUUUAGCUUAGAGCUCAGGAAGCAGAGCAGGGGCCUUGUGUCAGGUACAGCAUGGUGCUAUGUGAAGAGGAAAGUGAAAACAGUUGAUAAUAAGCCAUCUUCUGCUGGUCACAGGCUGAGGGGAGGCAUGGGCGUCCAGCUUUGAGCUGCUUUGCACAGGCCAAGGUGCUAAUCAGGUGUGCUGUGUCCCUGGCUGUGCUGGUGCAGCUGACAGACAGGCUGGAUGGGUCUGGUGCAGCCCUGCAACCUCUGAUACCACAGCUCCACCAGCUGUGGCCCUGCUGGCUCCUGCUCAGGUAAAGGCUCAAACAUGCUCCCUGCAGCUUGCACCAGCACAGCUGAGCCUGGACAAAAUGCAUUUUCCAAGUGUGGGAGAGUCAAGCUCUACCAAAUGUCAGCUGAGCCUUCCUGCUUGCAUGCAGCCUCAGCUUGGCACCAGGGCUUCCCCUCCUGCAGAGGGGAGGACAGACAUCAGGGCUGCUGGAGGAAUAUAUGACCAAGGGCCAGGCAUGGGCUUGAUGGUGUGUUGGGAGUCUCUUGUCUGAUGCCCAACCUGGCUGUGGCAAUGUAAACUAACCUUUUGUUUUGCAUCAGGCCAUUUUCCCAUUGCCAGCCCCUUUCUGGCCUUUGAGGGUGAUUACAGCUGUUUCUGUGUAUUACUGGCCCCUGCCCCUCACCCCCAGGAGCAUUUGGCUCCUAAAUUCAAUACUAACCUCACUGCAAAAAUAACUAUCCUGCUGUAGCACUGUAAGAGCAGGCAGUGUUGGCUGCAGCACAGAGGCUGUGUGUACCAGACUAACUGCUGUGGGUAGGCACCACUACAGCUCAGACUGCCACACACAAGCCCCCAGACUGCUCAGGUACAGGCAAUCACUGCUGCUAGUUGUCCACUGAGGCCCACCUGGCCAGGGGGCAGGACAGAGCAGAAGCUGGGGUCACAAACUUUCAACUUCUGCUUUCAAGUCUUCCCCAUCACAGCUGGCACCAAAGCAGGCAGCAGAGCUGAUUUGCUGCUCUGUGGAAGCCAAGGCAAGCCAGGGACCCUUCCUCCUAGCCCUGCUACAACAUGGAGCCCAGAGAAGGGUCAGUUCUGACCCACUCUGAGCAGUGAUGGAGGGCUAAGAAGUCACCCAGGCUCCAAACACUGUAUUCUCAAAGGAACCAAGAGCACAGACAUUGAUUUGUUCCCCUAACACUUCCCUUUCUCAAACCAGGACACCAAAACAAGUAUUGAGGCACAGGCCAGGCUGCUCCAUGAUUCUGCUUUGAGAAAGUUAAGAUGUACAAAAGAAUGCUGGGUAGAGCUUUGCUAGGAGGGGCUGAGUGGGGACUUCUCCAGCCACAGGCUACACAUCAGCUUCCUUUCCUUUCUGCUACAAGUAGAAGGCCCAUACCUAGGGUCUUUCAGUACUACAGCUUCCCCCUGGG